UAGGUGCAGGAAUGUUAAAUAUUCAAGUGGGACCAAAGAAGUAUUUACUUAUGAGUGACUACAAACAUGACGCAGAAAAUAUUUACAACAUGCCGCUGAGACACGACGACAUAUUUGUUGUUACAUUUCCACGUUCAGGUACAACAUGGACGCUAGAGUUAGUGUGGCUUUUGGCGUCCGAUUUAGAUUAUUCCACUGCAGCAAAGAAUCCGUUAUCGGCAAGAGCUACAUUUCUAGAACUUCCUAUGAUAAUGCACAAGAACGUAAUGGAAUAUUUAAAGAAAAAAAGUGCCGAUAAACCGGAACACUUAAAAAUGUUGCAACUGACGAGGACUCCUGGUUCGGAGCAAGUCGCUAGAAUGCCCUCGCCGCGCUUCAUCAGGACGCAUUUGCCUCUCUCAUUUUUGCCGCCGAAUUUGCUCGACUCCACUAAAGUUGUGUACGUGGCACGGGACCCACGAGAUGUCGCCGUCUCAUACUAUCAUCUGUCCAGGGAUUUCAUAUCAUUUAAAUUUAAUGGCGAUUUCAAAACGUAUUGGAGUUUAUUCAUCAGAGAUCUAGUGUAUUGGUCACCAUUCUUCGAGCAUUUAAAAGAAGCUUGGAGGAUGCGUCAUCAUCCGAAUAUGUUGUUUUUGUUCUAUGAGGAAUUAUUACAGGAUUUUCCUGCGGGUGCAACGUGUCGCUAAUUUCUUAGGAAAGGAAUACAGAGCUGA